CAUUUGAAGCCCUAUCGCAAUGGCGGCGACAGCAGCGCUGGGUCGACUGGCCUGCCAGAAGAACUCGUUCCUGAAGGAACUGUCUGCGAAGGUCGUGUCGUGCGCGCGUCUGCCCAAGAGCAAUGAGUUUGAUGUUGUCUUUGACGACAGUGUACUGUUUCCAGAAGGUGGGGGCCAGCCAGGCGACAUCGGAACGUUGUACCGUUCAAGUGACGACAUCUCGAUUCCUGUCACCAAGACGUUUACGCAAGACGGAAAGUGCGUGCUUCGCACAAACCGCGAACUCCAGGCUGGAGACGAGGUACUAAUGCGCGUGGAUUGGCCUCGCCGCCUGGACCACAUGCAGCAGCAUUCCGCGCAGCACUUGAUUUCAGCCAUCGCGAAGGAAACACUCAACCUCAACACGACGACAUGGUCUCUCGGAAUCACGCGGUGCAACGUCGAGUUUGACUCUCCCAAUGUCACCCCUCCACAGAUCGGCGCGUUGGAGUCUGCGGUCAACGACGCCAUCGCCGCUGCCCGACCCGUGACAGUUCACUACGCGAAUGAGUCCUCUGAUAUUCGUGUCAUCGUGAUCGACGGCAUGGACCAGAAUCCAUGCUGCGGAACACACGUUGAGCACUUGGGGCAGCUUCAGGCCGUGAAGUUUCUCCACACGGAAGUCGCUCGCGGCGGCACUCGCGUUUGGUUUCUUGCAGGUCAUCGAGUCUUGUCUGAAUUUGGAGUCAUGUUGGAACGCGAACGUGCUGCGACGAAGCUAUGGAGUUGUCCUCCGGAAGAGCACAUCGAUCGACUUCAAAAGUUGCUACAACAGCAGUCCGUCGCGGCCAAGGAGCUUAAAACAACUCGUUUGGAACUAGCGGGACUCGUGGCAUCUCAACUCGUCGUGGCCGCCCAUGCCGCUGUACUCCAUCGCGACGACGCGGACGCGGCAUUCUUGACCGCCAUCUCGGCAGCAUUCCACGCGAUCGAGGCGAAUAAGGACAAGGUCCUGUUCCUGACAGGAGGGUCGUCCACAUCGGAAGGGUGCUUUCUUCUAAGCGGGCCUCCCGCCUUCGUGACGUCGCGCGGAAAAGCGGUGGCGGCGCUGCUGGACGGAAAGGGCGGAGGUCGACCUGGAAUGUAUCAAGGCAAAGGGAAGAACAUGGCGAACGUCGCCGCAGCGCAGUCGCUUGUUCUGGACACCGUCUAGCGUGUCACGGCGGAAACCAAAUGAAGUCGUCGAGUCGAAGAGUCCCAGAACAAAAACGCUGAAAUGAAACUCGAGGGCCUCGUCCUUUUUUUUCACGGAGGCGUCGCUCCUGCGACAAUAAUUGCAACUUGCAUCGCAGGUUGAAUCGGCGGGAGAAAAGAUGUGGCGACAAGUGGCAUGCCGGACACAGACCGCGAUAGAUCCGAACACAUAUGCAAUACAGGCGAUUAUCAU